AUGAAAAAUACAAUUAUUGAAAAUGAUUCAGAGAUUAAAUUACAAAAUGAUUUAAAUCAUCAUAUUGGAAUCUCAUCAUCAAAUUCUGUAACAACAACAACAGCAACUAAUAUUAAUAAUAACAAUAAUAAUGGUCAAUUAAUUGUUGAGAAAACUUUAAAAGCAAUUAAUUUAAUUGAAAAUUCCAUUAAAAAUCAUAUUCUGAAAAUUGAUUAUGAAAAUUGUUUACCUAAUGAUGAAGAUUCAUUUUUUGUUUGUGAUUUAGGAGAAAUUAUUAAUUCUGUUAAUCAAUGGAAACAACAAUUACCUAUGAUUCAACCUUAUUAUGCUGUUAAAUGUAAUUCAAAUUUCAAAGUAUUAACUUUAUUAAAUGAAUUAGGAAUUAAUUUUGAUUGUGCUUCUAAAAAUGAAAUUGAUUUAAUUUUAUCAUUAAAUAUUCAACAAGCUCAUCAAAAAAUCAUUUAUGCUAAUCCAUGUAAAACAAAUUCAUUUAUUAGACAUGCUGCUAAUGAAAAUGUCAAUUUAACUACAGUAGAUAAUAUUUAUGAAUUAUAUAAAUUGGCAAAAUUUCAUCCUCAUUGUAAAAUUUUAAUUCGAUUAAUUACUGAUGAUUCAACUGCUCAAUGUCAAUUAAGUAGUAAAUUUGGUUGUGAAUUAAAUAUUGCCAUUAAAGAAAUUUUACCUAAAGCUAAAGAAUUGGGUUUACAAAUUUAUGGUGUUGCAUUUCAUGUUGGAUCUGGUGCUAAAGAUUUUAAUAGUAUUUAUCAAGCCAUUAAAAAUUCUCGAAUUUUAUUUAAUGAAAUGUUAUCUUUAGGUUUUCAACCUAAAUUAUUAGAUAUUGGAGGAGGAUUUGAACGAGAAACUUUUUUACAACUGUCACAAAUGGUUAAAUUUGCUUUAUCAAAAUAUUUCCCACAAGAAUUUAUUCAAUCUAAUGAAAUUAAAUUUAUUGCUGAACCAGGUAGAUUUAUGGUUGCCAAUGCUUUUACUUUAAUUACUCAUGUAAUUGCUAGACGGGAUUUAUCAACUCAAACAACAGCAGCAGCAGGAGCAGCAACAGUAAUGGGAAGUAAUGGAAAUGAUAUUGUACCAUCAGCUAUGUUAUAUAUUAAUGAUGGAGUUUAUGGGAAUUUAAAUUGUAUUUUAUUUGAUCAUCAAAAUCCAAAAGUUUAUGUUUUAACUAAUCAAAAUCAAUUAUUUUAUAAACAAGAAAUGAUGAUGAAAUCUUUAUUAAUUGAUACCAGUGCCAACAACAACAACAACAACAACAAUAAGGUGGAUGGGUUUAAUUUUUCAAUUUGGGGUCCAACUUGUGAUGGAUUAGAUUGUGUUAGUUCAUUGGUUAAAUUAUCUAAAAAUGUUCAAGUUGGUGAUUGGUUAUUUUUUGAAAAUGUUGGUGCUUAUACUAGUUGUGCCAGUACUAAAUUCAAUGGAUUAAGUAAUGGAGAAACUAAAACUCUUUACGUUAAUUCUAAUGAAGAAUAA